AUGGGAGAUAGCAGAGACGUCGAGGGCGAUAUGGCAGCCCCCUCCAAGGUCGAGCCUGCACCAGACGGCACUCCCAGCUCGAUCGAGUCGACGCCUGAGCAGGACCCGGGUACCGAACCAGCUACCCAGGAACCCGCUCAACCCCAGAAACGCAAAGGCGGUAGGAAACCAAUAUAUGCCACAUCCGAGGAACGUAAGCAACGCAACCGCCAGGCCCAGGCUGCGUUUCGCGAACGACGAACCGAGUACAUCAAGCAGCUCGAAGCUACCAUCAAGCAGAAUGAAGAAACGCUGGCCACCCUCCAGCAAAGUCAUCGGACUGCCGCCGACGAAUGUCUUAUGCUUCGAUAUAAGAACUCCCUCCUCGAGCGUAUCCUGCUUGAGAAAGGUAUCGAUGUCCAGGCAGAACUUCAGAUGAAGACCGGGAGCCCAGUGCUGGGGCCAGGCUUCAUGCAUCCAGCAACGACUGCUCCUCAACCACCUCAGCUCCAGAGAGCAGCUCUCCAACGACAGCAAGCAAGGCGCUCGGGUCAAAACUUCCUACCCAAGCUUGCACCUGGACAGUCUGGCCAAGACAUGAACUUUUCAGCUGGCUCUCCACACGCGCACCCAACGCCUUCUUCGCAUGCAUCGUCGCCGACUCAGAUGUCGACCAGGUCUCCAAUGACCAUGCAUCAAGGUGGGAUGACCCCACCCACCUCUGCUGUACUCGCUCAGCCGCAGGCACAGCAUAUGCAAAACUAUGCCCGCUCGUCACAGCAGCGUCCUAACCAAGCUCUCUAUCAAGGCCAGCCCCAGCCUUCGAACGUCCCACCGCAGCGCCCGGCUCCGUCGAACUACCAGAGCAGCGCAAGUGGUAUGUCAAGCCUCUCGGGAACCAGCCACCACGGCAUGCCUCAGCCUGUCAGUGGUGGAGUGAGCGGUAAUGCAGCUCCACAGCCAGCGUCCUCAUUCUACCCCAGUCCAUUUCAAAAGCACUUUGAUCAGCUCGACCAGGAGUACGAUACUCAACAUUCGCGAUCGAUGCUCGACGAACCCGACGAUAAUGACCUCGGAGGAACCACUCGCUCGCCUGAGCUGCACGGAACGUAUCCAUCGCAGUUCGACCACUCUCAAGCACAACAGCACGGCGACUUCUAUCAGCCUGCUCAAGGCAUGCAGCCUGGCCAACAGCAACAGAUGAUGCCCCCAACGAGCCACCCUGGAGCUGGAGACGGGCAGUUCGAUGUCGAUCCAACUGACCCGAUGCUGGACGCCGAUCCAUUUGGCCUUUCAGCAUCUAUGCAUUACCCGGCGUCUUACCAUUCGUGA